AAGCAUUAUUGACCUUCUGCCGCUGCCCUCUCUCGUCUGACCACCCUCGUGCGCAGCAUCCCUCAGUCAGGACAGCCAGCAUUCCGCCGCGAAGCCCAGAGGGAGCCUGUCCAAUUCACGGCGGCGACCACCCACCCGCCGGACCGGCAAUCCGCCGCCCGCCGUCCCGCCCUUCGUUCUUGGUUGUAUCCUCUCAUGGAUAACACAAACAUGCACGCAUACCAGGACCCAUAUUCCCCGAUGAACGCCGCUCACAGCCCAGCGUCCCCGGCUGCCAGUAAUGCGUCCUCUCCACCCAAGAAAUCGCACCUGCGAACUUAUCAGGCAUGUAUCGCAUGUCGCAAGCGCAAGGUCAAGUGUGAUAUGGGCGAUGUCGAGAAUCCACACGACCCACCUUGUGCCCGCUGCAAGCGCGAACGCAAACCGUGCGAGUUUGACGACCAGAGACGGAAGACAAACAAUAAGCGAUCCCGCUCGGAGACCAAUGGCUUCGACGAUGAGCACACGUUGGCUGCCGCAACAAGGGCAUCGAAGCGACAGACCUUGGGCCGCCAGGACUCUCAGCUUCUGUAUGGCAACGGCAAGCACGAAUCGCCCCUCACUCCCGGCGCCUACAACGUGGCCUCGCCCCGCAGGAACUCGUACACGCAAAGCCCAAUGCCCGACCCUGAGACGAUCCAGAGGACGACGGAUGCGAUGAAGAAGGAGACGUUCGACACACAGGGCGGCCUUGCCUCGUUGCUGGAGGCCGCCGAUCAUCUCACCAAACAGCCCAGCAGACAUCCGCAGAACAUGUCGGGCGGACUGGCCAGCCAGUCGCACACUUCGCAAGAGCAGACGUACCCAGAGGAGGUCGUGCGCGAGGCCGCCACCAAGCACUGGUCGCGGUUCAAGUUCGUGCGCAGCGGUCUGCUCAAGGCGUCAGAGGCCAUGGCCUACGUUGAAUACUUCUACGCCAACUGCAUGCCCUUCACGCCGAUCUGCAUUCCGGACUAUCGGAAUCCCGCACUGCAUGAGACCUUGCUUGAGAGAGAGCCCUUUCUGGUGAUGACCAUUCUCACGAUAGCAAGCCGCUUCAUGACCGUGGGUGGAGAUUCUGGUUGGGGUAAGCAAUCGCGCCCGCAAAAGAUACAUCACACGUUCUGGGACUACACUCAAAAGAUGUUUGCCACAAUUGUUUACGCGCAGGAACAAUUUGGCGGUGGGAUGACUGGAGGCGGCAAGGCAAAGGCGCGACGCUGCGACCCGCUUUUUCGCUACGGCUUGCGCUCCAUCACCACCGUCGAGAGCCUGAUGCUGCUGUGCGAGUGGGCCCCCCGGGACCUACACUUUCCCCCCGACGACUUCGACGGUGAAAUCAUGGUCCCGCUGAACCCGCUCGAGGAGGAAGCGCUUGACGAAAGCUUCCGCAUGCUGAACAGCGAGGCUGCUCAGCGACGUGAUACCUGGCUUGAGCCCGCCUGGCGAUGCGACACCAUGAUCUGGAUGCUGUUGCACAACGCGAAGGCGCUUGCGCUCGAGAUUGGCCUGUUCGACGACAGAUCGGAAGAGGACCUGCUCCGAACCGUGAGUGGCGUCACUCAGGCUGAAAUUGCUGAAUACCACGCGCGCAGGACAAAGACAAGGGAUAUAUUCUGGGCCUUCUACGUACAGACGUGCGGCCGGUUGGAAUUAAUUGGCAAGCUGCCCCCCGGCUACCUGGAGUCGCUCCAUCACAGCGAGGCGGACGUGCGCAUCCAGCACACGGUUAAAUCGCGCGCCGCAGCCUACGACCACAAGGUCGACGCGCAGUACACACCAAUGCCCCAAGCGUCGCCACAUCUGGAGAACGUGCAGGAAGCUGUUUGGUUUUUCUGGCAAGAGCUGACGGCAAUCAUGAAGUCGGCUAACAUGAACAUGUUCAUGCGCAAAGAGGAGACGCGCAAGAUCACCCGCACCGGAGAAUACCGCAAGUGGAUUCACGUGUACGCUCCUAUGCUGGACGAGUGGCGUACUGAGUUCGAAAAGUGCGAUAUGAUUCCCGAGCCCAUGCGUACCAUUUUGCUUAUUGAGUACGAUUACAUCCGAAUAUACAUUCAUUCCCUUCCUCUACAAGCGUUCGUCGAACGUGCUAUUGCAAGCACGCCGUCGAAGCAAAACAUCGAUGCCUUCACUUCCAAUGGAAUCGCCCUUGAAGAUGUUCGAAAAUGGAUGCAGGAAGACUCGCCGUACAUCCAAACGCUUGUGGAAUCGUGUCAGCAUGUUCUCUCGCUCAUCGGCGAGUCCACAAUGCCCGUCGAGAAGAUCAAGCACUUCACCGUCAGAGUGUACUUUCGCAUCAUGGCCUCCGCCGUGCACUUGCUCAAGAGCUUCGUAGUGGGUGCAUAUGCCGACAAUAUCCGACGAUCCUUCGAGCUGCUCAAGAAGGCCUCGCAUGCCCUGACGACACACAUCGUGGAUGACGUGCACAUUGGGUCCGUCUUCUCCGAGAUGAUCUCUACCGUCGCCAUCCAGAUUGAACCGCGCCUGAAGCUCUUCACACCCGGCUCACGCCCUGGCCGAAGCCGCGCCGUCUCCAUGACCCCCGUUGUCGCUCGAUCCCCCGCACUUCAUCCCAUGAACGGCCUGCCGACGAAUCACCCACAAUCAAACGGUGUCAACUCCUGGGGCGCAAGCGCCAACGGGUACAGCACCCCGAACAUGCUGGCCGACCAGUUGAUCAACUGGCAGAAUGACACGUCUUCCAUCCUACAGAAUCUCGACAUAUACGAUCCCAGCACGGCGUCUAACAUGACCCUCAUGCCACCACCAGGCUUCUUCAACAGUCCCGUCGAGACCGCUGACGACGGGGGCCUAGGCAACGGUUUGAACGGCAACGGCGCCGCGGAUCAGCAACAGGCCAUCAUCAACGACUGGGUGUCGAUGGAUGUUCAUCCCCUUAUGAAUCUAGCCUUGAAUGGCGGUCAGAACGAGGUAUCGGCCACGCAUUACGGCAUCGUGAUCAACGGUAGCGAUAUGCUCGAUCAGUUCAUGAGGCCGGAUGGUAUAUCCUCCUUUAACUAUGAGAACGGCACUCCUAAUACGGGCACGCCCAUGCCGUACAUAGGUGGAGCGUCGGGUGCACAACGCAGUGGGCGGGCGUGGUAGCAAGACGUCGAUGUGUGUGCCUUGCCCUUCCCUGGAUCCAAAUGUACAAGACGCAAGAAAAAGGAGACCUGCACCUGCUGGCUGAAUCUGCCCAUUCGAGUUCGAUCAGUCCAUAGGGAAACGCCUAUUUUUUGUAAAGAUGUCAUGCAAACCUUUUACGCAGGGACACAUGUGUCUUUCAUGCACACUAUAGUUCCGGCUAGAAGACGCAAAACAGGUUGACCCAGCGCUAUGAAGCCAGCUUGCCUUUCUGCGAUCUAGCGGUAGAAGGUCAUGCUGCCAUCAGCACUUCUGAGGAUUUUGGACAAAGAUUCAAUUGGAAAAAUGGAACCGAAGUUGGUCCUCGUUCAACGGCACCCCCUUUUUUUUAACGUACCUAGGCAUAGGUGGAAAAAAUGACGAAGAGAAGAGACACAGAGGAACGAUAGGGAAAAUAUGCACAAGCGAAGAGCUGCUUGGUUGAGAUUUAGCGAGCGGCUUUUGGUUCUGAGAUUUUCUGCUGGGGACAUGGCGUGACUUGGGGACGGAAAAUGAACGACGUACGGGCUUUUGAAGACCCCAAAAAAAGCUUUCCUAACAAAGAGAUACCCCCUUCCUUUUGUGAGCGGGUGGGCUGGUGUGAACCUUUUGUGGUCAACUGCCUUUAAGCGCUCUCAUGUCUUUGGGAGUUUGCAUUAUCAUGACGAGGAUUUCUGCGUCUUGAGUGCGCACAAAAGUAGUGUGCGCGAAGAAGUCACGAAUGAAGAAAAGGG